ACUACUCUCAGCUACCCCAGAUGAACUAUACCUGUGUGUACCCACACAAAACAGGCAAAUAAGAAACAGUUAGACUAGGAACACAGCCCCUCAUGCUCCCAUCACCCAGAUUAAUAAGGCGAUUUUAGGAUUCAGUGGGAAGCCACAGCGCUGUGGCUCGGUGCAUCAUGUUCCCUUUUUUUCUGCUUCUGGUUGCCCCAGUUAGUACACAUAAUCUGCGAUGUCUGGCAGUGCUUCCUGUGCCCAUGUGGAGGAGCAGCCCAGAACCCAGAUUGUCCAUUCAUUUUAGAAACAGCACAGAGUGAGAAUAUCAUAGUGUGUUGCUCUCCCAUUCUCCGUAGGACAUUUCCUAAUACUGGUACCUGGUUGUUGGAGAUACUGGAAAGGCUCUAGGCUGUAUGUCCUUUGAAUCAGCCCCCUGCCCUCUCUGUUCCUUGGCAUCCUGAUUAAUAAAAUGGCACAAUCAGGUGAUGGUUCUGUAGUCACGUGCUACCUAGAAAGAACACUGAGCUGGGUGUGGAGGGAAGGAAGCCCCCUCUUUCCUGUAGUUACCACUGCGAACUAGGGGCCAGCCAUAGGCAGAAUAUUCAAGCUCUGUGACUGUAUCACAUCUCUAGUGUGGAGACGAAGUUACUACAUAGGGCUGCUGGGAAGAGACCACAUGCUUGGCUGUGUCCGGUAGCUGGAAUUAUUAUUUCUCUCUACUUCAUUUCAGUGUUGGUAAAAGGAGGUCUGAAGACCCAGAUGCCUUUGUGGAAGUGGCUGGGCUCUCAGAGAGUGUUGAGUGUGAGGGGCCAGAAUGGAGUCCCUCCCGCUGACUUAUACUUACCCAGUGGGCUUGGCCUGGUUCAUUCUCAGGGGACAGGGGUUGUGUGUGUGGGGGGGCAGGGCAAGCGCUGUCACUGAGCGGGGAGGGUGACAGCUGUGGGUCACUCACAAUUGGAGGAAGGGAUUCAGGAAGUACUCACAGCUGCUCAGACAUCCUGGAGCCAAGUUCCAGGCAGGGUCAACACUACAGCAUCCAGGGAGAAGUGUCAUGGAUUCCAGGGUCGGCCACCAGGCAGGGAUGCCACAGCACUAGGUACCACUGGGGCUGGCCCUCAGAGGUCUAGGGUGAGUCUUCACAGCACCUGGGUUAGCAGUGGGCCUGGGCUGGCACUGAAGAGGGCUUCUUCUGGACCUCCGGAUGAGGGAGCCCCAGUGCGUCACUGAAAGGCUGGGAUCUGCCAGCUUUCUGAGCAAACUCUCACCCAUCUAACUGCAUUCUCCCAAACUCACUCAGAAAAAAGAGGGCAAAUGCAGCCCAACCUCCUCCCCAUAUCCCCUGUGCAGGCCUCCUGGCUCCCUUGGUGCCUGGUUUGUGCCCUCACCCCCACCUUCUCAGAAGGCCACUUGCCCAAGGUCCCUCAGGGGAGGAGCAGACUCCUGCAUUCACUGGAGAAGGAAAUGAGUGUAUAAUUGCUCUUGAAGUCUGUAGGAGUCGCCAGAGGGUCAAGGCUGCCUGGCUCACUCUGCCCCCCUCCUCCUCACCACUUUCCACGGCUGGGAGUCACGUGCUCAGGUCUUCCUGGGCGGUGCUUGUCAGUGGAGUUGACCACAGCCCUUGGAGCCCCAGGGAGGUUUAGAGGAUAGAGAUCAUCUGAGAAUCAGGCCGAAAGGCCUCCUGGGGGCACUGAGCACCCUGGGGCGGUGCCACCCAGGGUCCCAGCCUUAGAAACCUAAGGAGAACAAUAGCCUGUGGAAUGCAGGGCAACUGUGACCACCAAGAAGGCCUGCUUCGGAUGGGGAGCUAAGGCCCUGAGAGCGCCCAAGCUGCUAAUUGUGCAUUGGUCCCCCGUGCAGAACAUGGAAAUACUGGUGAUUGGGGUGGUGGCAGUACUCCUCUUGGUCACCGUGGUCAUCACCUGUAUUCUCUGCUGCUUCAGCUAUGAUUCGAAGACCCAGGAUCCUCAGGGAGGCCCUGGCCACAGCUUCACAGUGGCUACGUUUCGUCGAGAGUCUUCUUUCUUCACCAGGACUGAGAGCCGAGCCCAGCCACUGCAGAGUUCCCAGGACUUCUGGAUCACUAUGUGAGGCCUCACAGUCCUUCAGGAUUUGUUUCUUGACGGAUCGGACCCACAGCCCCCUCAUCAAGCCUUCCUUGGGGUUUCCCUCCUCCCAGGCCUGUCCUCUUCCGGUGCCUUGAGAAUUUGGAGUUUCUUUCCUUCCUGGGUUGCUGUGCCCUUAGGCCUGGGGGAUCUGAGGAAUUGGGACUGGGUGGGAGUCAGCUCCUAUCCCGGAGAACCUGACUAGGCCCUACCCACAGGAUGGGCUCAGGAGGGGUCUAAGGAGGCGUGGAACAUUCACCAAAUGGGACUUCGUGGAGCACCAGCUCAGCAGAAAUAUCACUGGAAUUUGUUGUCACAAGGUGGCUCUACUGCCAUGGAGGAAGCAGUGUUUUCAAGUGAACAUUUUUAGAAGCCACUUCUUAUGGACUCCAGCUUCCUUAAGAGUAUUUUUGCAUACUGCACAGGGCCCAACCCUGCAACUCCCCCCUCCACCAGUUGCCUGAAAUCAGCUCUGAAAUUCUGAAACAAAAGAGCUGCUUCCUGGGAACAAGUAAUUUACUUUGUAAUUGAAGAUGUAGAUCCUUUUAUGGGUCUUUCCAAAUCUGGUUUGGAAAAGUACAAAAGGAAACAAGAGAAAAUAACAGCUACAGAAAGUACAAGAUGUUUUAUUAACCGGAAAGCCAGAAAGAAGACUUUUAAACAUAUUUUUAAUUCAAUCUUACUGCGAUAGCUUAACAGAUCACUCCGAUUCUUAAAGAAUGAGAGUUGUGUUACGCAGGAAUGAUAGAAAAGUCAUGAUCUGAAAUCGACUCCAAAAAUAUUAAAAUGUCAUGUUAUGUUCAUA